CCCCCCCUCCCCCUUUCCUUAGGUACUACCACCACCACCACCACCACCCGUCCCUCUCCCCCCCCGCACGCCCGCGGCCCGGCACGGAAAUCAGGCAACCUACGCCGCUUUCCCUUUCGGGAAACUCCUCCCCUUCCUUCCCGCGCCCGCAGUUCGGCGGCGGCGGCGGCCUCCCGUUCCCCCCUCUACCCGCGGUGACCCGACCGGGGCCGUGGCCCCACCUCCCCGGGCGGGGUUUCUGGCGGCGGCCGACGCGAGCCCCAGGCUGUGUCGGCGUGGCUCCGGCCAACUGAAUCGGCCGACGCGAGUUCAAGGGGGCCAGGACGGAUGCUGCGGUGGGCCGUGAUCUCACCCCAAGCGCGUGGCUAGGUUUCGGGCGGCGGGGGAUGGAAGGCGCGAGGGCGGCCGAGUUGGCCGGGGACGUGCAGAUUAAGGGCGGCCAGGCCGCGCAGCCGCUGCCGCAGGACCAGCAGCAGCAGCUGCCCACGGGCAGCGAGGCGGUCGAGAUGCCCGCCACGCCGCUGCCGCACGCCCGCGAAAUCGAAUGGUCCGAGCACUUCUCCUUCUUCAACUCCAUGGCCACCGCCACCGGCACGGGGGAGCCGGCCAGCGUCGGCAUGUCGCGCUCCGAGUCGUCCAGGCCCGACAGCGUCACCCAGCAGCAGCAGCAGCAGCAGCAGCGCUGCCUGGAGGACGAGAGGGUGGAGGAGCUCACCGUCAGGAACUGCAUCAGCUCCGAGGCUCAGCAGCCUGCUGCCUCUGCCGGCGGGAGCACUAGCAGCAGUGGGGAGAGGCCUGCCGUUAUGCGGGGCCUGUGGGGCAACUUCACGCGGAUGGCGUGGAGGACCGCCGAUGCCGCUAGCAGGGAAGCCUUGGCGGUGAGCCGCGGCGACAUUGCAAACAUGAGGAAUGGUGAUUUGGUUGGCAGGGAGAAUUUGGCGGUCAGCCUUGGCAACGGCAUGGGGUCUCAGAACAUUGAUGCUUCUGCCAAGGAAAUGCCAUUUGGCCGCGGCGAAAAUGGUAAUGCGGAAUUCAAUAUGUCAUUUGGUAAUCAGCAGCAGCAGCACAUCUUGUCUUCACGGCCGAAUCAGAGCGAGCAACAUAUCUUGUCUUCACGGCCGAAUCAGAGCGAGCAACACAUCUUGUCUCCACGGCCGAAUCAGAGCGAGCAACACAUCUUGUCUUCACGGCCGAAUCAGAGUGAGCAACAUAUCCUGCCUUCACGGCAGAAUCAGAGUGAGCAGCAUGUCAUGUCUUCAUGGCUGAAUCAAAGUGAGCUGCAUAUCCCGUCUUCACGGCCGAAUCAGAGUGAGCAACAUAUCCUGCCUUCACGGCAGAAUCAAAGUGAGCAGCAUGUCAUGUCUUCAUGGCCGAACCAAAGUGAGCUGCAUAUCCCAUCUUCACGGCCGAACCACAACGGGCAGCAUGUCCUGUCUUCACGGCCGGACCAAAGUGAGAAGCAUGUCCUGUCUUCACGGCCGGACCAAAGUGAGAAGCAUGUCCUGUCUUCACGGCCGAAUCAGAACGAGCAGCAUGUCUUGUCUUCACGGCCAAACCAAAGCGAGCAGCAUGUCCUGUCUUCACGGCCGAAUCAGAGCGAGCAGCAUGUCCUGUCUUCACGGCCGAAUCAGAGCGAGCAGCAUAUCCUGUCUUCACGUCCGAAUCAAAGCGAGCAGCAUAUCCUGUCUUCACGGCCGAAUCAAAGCGAGCAGCAUAUCCUGUCUUCACGGCCGAAUCAAAAUGAGCAGCGGUCUGAAAGGGAGAAUGGUCCCAAAGUGAGUAGCUUCUCAAAUAGAAUUAUCGACCAGAUGAGGAGUAAGACUUUGCCACCUUUGUCUGGGGUUCAGGGUUCCCCCUUUAAGCCCGUAUUGAAGGGUAAAAGGGUUACCUACCAAGGUUCACACGAGGAGAUCCAAGUUCAAGCUAAUGCAAGACCUAGAACCCCUAUGGAUAAGAUCCCUAAGAUUCCUAGCUCAACGCACGAUUCUGUGGCCAGAUUGGAUGGUACACUUUUCAGCAGUGGUGGAAAUGUUUCUGAAUCUCAGUAUGAGGGAACGAGCCUGAGGGAACUAAUUAAGCCCGCAUGCCAAGCGAUGAGCAAGUUUGAGAAAAUGCAUUUGUUUAAGCAGAUCCUUGAGCAUGUAGACAAAUCCCAUGCACAGGGUGUAACCUUACAGCAUUUGCGCCCGUCGUAUUUUAUAAUAUCAUCCCCAAACCAAGUAAGAUAUACUGGUUCUUACACUAAACAAGAUUUAUCAACCCCAGCCAAACCGGAUAUGGCCGCAGAUGAUGUUUUUAACAGAAAACGAUGCUUCGAUCAGAAAACUUUGCACCAAGAGUGUAAUGGCAAUGGACAUUCAAUCCUGAAGUAUCGGAAGGUUGGUGAACAAGGUUCUGUUGCCGUCAGGCGACCGAUACAUCCCUUCUGGACUGAUCACAAAGUGGGCAACCAAAGUGACGGUGCUGAUCUAGGUGCUUUAGGACAGAAGUUUGGCGAACCUUAUUAUGGCGGCAAUGCAUCUUAUGGCCAACGUUUACCUAGUUAUGGCAACCAAGAAUCAGUACUUGAAUUGAGGAUGCUAGAAGAUAGCUGGUACAGAAGCCCGGAAGAGCUCAAUCAAUUGAAAGGCACAUUCCCCGCCAACAUCUACAGCCUUGGGGUUCUUUUAUUUGAGCUCUUUUCCUGUUGUGAAACAUGGGAGCUGCAUUGUGCUGCAAUGUCAGAUCUUCGCCACCGGAUCCUGCCUCCAAGUUUUCUUUCAGAAAGUCCCAAGGAGGCUGGCUUCUGUCUUUGGCUAUUGCAUCCGGAUCCUUUUUCUCGACCAAAAGCAAGAGACAUUCUAGGAUGUGACUUGAUAAAUGAGGGUCGGGAUUUGUCGCUGUUAGAUAAGGCACCGGCUGCUAUCAGUGAGGAGGACACAGAGUCUGGUUUGUUACUGAAUUUUCUGUCUCAACUGAAAGAAGAAAAGGAGACGCAGGCUGCCAAGUUAUCAGCAGAUCUUUCGAGCUUGCAGACUGAUAUUGUAGAGGCUGAGAGAAGACACUCGCUGAGGAUGGGUUUCAGUUUAGAGGACAUGGAUGUACCAGCAAGUUCUAAUGAUGUGCCAGGUACUUCAUCGAAUGCCCUGAGAGGGGCAUCGUUGUCAGGUUUGCUACCACCAUCAGGCAGGUCAGACAUAUAUGAGGAGAGGGUGAUGAAGAAUUUGCAGCAGCUUGAAAAUGCAUAUUACUCCACGAGGUCCACCAUUGACACAUCCGAGACUAAUGUAAUUAAGCGUUCCGAUAAUGAUGCUUUGAGGGUUCGUGAAAACUUUAACCACAGUGACGACGAUGCUAUGGCUGUGCCAACAGACCGCCUUGGAUGCUUUUUUGAUGGCCUAUGCAAAUAUGCCCGGCAUAGUAGGUUUGAAGUACGAGGGAUUUUGAAGAAUGCUGAUAUACUUAACUCUCCAAAUGUGAUCUGUUCGUUGAGCUUUGACCGCGACGAGGAAUAUUUUGCUGCUGCUGGGGUUUCAAAGAAAAUCAAAAUAUUCGAAUUCGAUGCUCUUUUAAAUGAUCGUGUUGAUAUUCAUUAUCCUAUAGUAGAGAUGCCUAGCAAGUCCAAGCUUAGUUGUGUCUGUUGGAACAACUAUAUAAAGAACUACUUGGCAUCAACAGACUAUGAUGGCACUGUUCAGCUAUGGGAUGCAAGCACUGGCCAAGGUUUCACACAGUUUACAGAACAUCGGAAAAGAGCUUGGUCUGUGAGUUUCUCAGAGGUGGAUCCAACUAAAUUGGCAAGUGGGAGUGAUGAUUGUUGUGUGAAAGUUUGGAAUAUUAACCAGAAAAAUUCCAUUGAUACAAUCAGAAAUGUGGCCAACGUAUGCUGUGUACAGUUCUCGCCAUACUCCUCUCGUAUGUUAGCCUUUGGCUCAGCUGAUUACAAGACAUACUGUUAUGAUCUGAGGCAUACAAGGAUCCCCUGGUGCACCAUUUCUGGACAUGGGAAAGCUGUCAGCUAUGUAAGAUUCUUGGAUGCAGAAACACUUAUAUCUGCAUCAACGGACAACACCUUGAAGAUAUGGGAUCUCAACCGGACUAAUCCUAAUGGAUUGUCUACUAAUGCUUGCAGUCUGACACUGAGUGGUCAUACCAAUGAGAAGAAUUUUGUAGGCUUAUCUGUUCACGAUGGAUACAUAACAUGUGGUUCUGAAAAUAACGAAGUAUAUUCUUACUAUAAAAGCUUUCCCAUGCCAAUAACUUCUCACAAGUUUGGUUCAAUUGACCCAAUAACCGGACAAGAGACGAACGAUGAUAAUCAGCAGUUUGUGUCGAGCGUUUGCUGGAGAGGAAGGUCGAAUAUGGUGGUGGCUGCCAACUCUAGUGGAAGCAUCAAAGUCCUUGAGCUUGUUUGAAUGAUCUGUUGAGCAAGUUACAGGAUGAGAUAUCUGAAUGGCCGUGGUUGCCAUGUUUCUUCGGUGACCAUAUGUUUCCUCGAGCAUUCUGCCUUGCCAACGAACAAUCAAGCGUCAACACAUAUCAAUCCUGGCCAACGAAGUGGUGGAAACACUCUUGUGCAGUUGAAGCAACCUAGUGCAGUUGAAGCAACCUACAACUCCGACCGUUGAUGUUCGGUUGAAACUCCCAGUGAGGUGUGCAACUGGAGGGAGUGAAAUGCCUUUGCUACUCUGAAAGGUAUACUUUGUAAGAUGCUUUGACAUAGUACGAGUCAACAUCUCAACGAGGGCCUAGGGCUUAGGUUUCUGUACAAAUUUAGGGGCUUCAAGAGCCGUGUAUCUACUUUUGAGCUAGAGCCUUACAUGCCAUGUUUACCCGAUCCGUCCGCAUCUCACGGGAAUUGGCGCAGUUUUGAUGUGCAACGACUAACAGUCUAGUAUGAUGGUCACAGAGCAAAACUGCGGAAGGUGACAUUGUUGUUUGAAGGGGUUAAUCAUGCAUCCUGAUGUGUGAGUGAUGCAAAGAGUGUAUGUCUAUGCCUAUUUUUUUUGUAGUCCCCUCAUUUGAAUAGAGCAAUAUAUAUGAUUUACUGUA